GUGCACCUACGAGAUUGCCAUGUUCCUCCGCCGACCCGAGCGCUUGCGGAAAAUCCAGCUGGUGCCCGUUACUAUGCCGGUCAUUCUUUGCCUCUUCAGCGCAGCAUGGCUCUGUGUGCGAUUGCAGCUCACCGUUGUGGAGUCUGUGACCGUCGGUUGGGACGACGCCGGCUUGAGGCUACUUGUGCGGAUCGGCCUAAUGCUUCUGUUGGUUCCGGUCAUCUUCGUGAUGCAGAGCUAUUUGGGAAUGGGUUUGGUCCAAGACUUGGAGAAGCUGCCUAAGCAGCUACAAGAGUUCAGCAUUGCAGACAGCCAAUGUUCUUGCUGCUUCUUCGAGCACAGACAUCCCAAAACUGGCAAAAGGAUCAUGUGUGACAGGGAAGUUGUGUACCAGGCGGUGAGUGAUUCGUAUGAUGACCAAGAGGUCAGACGUACCUAUUCCCACGAGAUCUCACGAACAACGUCCGGCCUAGAUGUCUUUGAUGGGGCAGUCAGGGGUCAGCUGUCUGACAGAAUUUCAGAACAGCGCUUGAGCAGCAGUCUCAUUCCUCUUGACCUCUUCAUUUACAUGGUUUGGGCGUGGGACAUUCCUUGGCUUGCGCCAAGACUCCAUCUCAUUUCCCAAGUUGGUAACCUUGGCCGCCACCCGGAAUAUGAGCCUUAUGAUGACCUCUUGCGAGUCUUGUACGCAUUUGCAGAGAUGAUUGACUGGGCAAAGGGGUUGCCAUCCAUCCUAUUGCUGCUCUUCGUGUCCAUGCGGCUAUGGAAACUGAUGUCACGCUGGAAAUGUUGCCCUCGGAUUGUGCGGGCACUUGCCUCUGCGCCCAUGGUCAUUCUGAGCACUGUGCUUGUCUUCGUCAUCAUAUCACUUGCGUUGGACUUGACCGAGGAUGACUGGAACCCUUUGAACACACUGCCUUUCACCUUCUUCCUGCUGCUGGCAAUUUGUCUUUUAAAACCGCCCAAGGCGAAACUCUUAUCAUUCGUCUGGAGUUUUGUGCAACCAGGGCACGGUCCAUCCGCGAAGCCCUCUGCGAGCGAAACUCGCAGCUGGAGCGAAAAGCUCGACCAGAGCACAGAAGAGCUCAGCUCCACUUCAAAAGACGUCCAUGUGGACGAUGAAUUCUUCUCAGUGUAG